AUUCUGCGCAAGUGUGAACAAGAUGUGGAUCAGAAAUGAUUUCAAGAAUCGAUUUGAAGAAUUGUAUUCACAAAUCGAUUCAGUGUCAGUGUGAACGAGAUGUGGAUUGGAUUUGAUUUACUAUGAUGUGAUAAGGGGUCGCCGGGUGGGGAAGCGAAGAUUAACAACCUGUGUCCGCUCACCCUUUGACCCUCGCAUGGAAGUACGUAAAUGCGAUUGCACUGAUGCACAGAGAAAAAAAAAUCCUACUUAAAACACUCCAAAUUGAACCAAUUCAUUUCCAUUGUGAGCCACAAGUGGGUUUUGAGAGACUCCUGCAAGAAACUGUUGCAGGAAUCGGUUCAUUCGUCAGUGUGAACCACAAGUCGGUUAUUUUAUUUUGUUUUACAGCCAAAAAAAAAAAAAAAAGUGAUCAGGGCAAAUGAAGUGUGAACCACGCUCCGCUGCCAAACCGAUCCAUCGAUGAGGAUCACAAAGCAAUUUAUUUGUAAGUGGGAAUGAGGCCCUAGUCAAGCAGCAAGCAAAAAACAUAACCCAAUUGCUUUAUAAUAGAGCUUUUCUAUAUAUCUCUAGCAAUAUCCACCUCAAAAAUAAAGAAGUUGGCAUCAAGAGCUCUUUUAGACCCUAGUCCACAUCCUCAGAUGAAAUGUAUUUAUUUAUUUAUCUCAAGGAUUUAUAUCUUGCCUUUCUCCCACAAGGCGGAAAAUGGAGGCUAUGGCCUGGCAAAGGAGGUAGUGCCUGCCCUUUUGUGACCUGAGGAGGCCCUGGGCCUGAAGGUUCUCCUUCUGCCAUUGCCAUGGCAAUCAUAGAGCUACCCAUUUGCUGCUUCAGAGCCUCAGUGGGCAAGAUGGCGGCUGCACGAGGGACCAUCCUGCGCCGCCAAGGAGGAGGGCUAAGCCAGGAGACACUACCAUCACCCCAAUCCUCCACUGAAACCUAUCCUCCUCCCACCGAGGCCAAAGCCAUCUCCCCGGCCUUCCUCAGCACCAUAGCGCGCAUCCAGGCCCAAGCACAAGCCUAUCUCCACAAUGCCAUCACCUGCGAGCGGGGCCGGCAGUGGCUCCAGGCAAUUGACUUUUACAGAAAGCUACUAUACUGCUUGAACAGAAAGAAGUUUCCUUCUGAAUAUGUGCCUGGUCCUGGGUAUGCUCAGCUGAUCUUUGAAUCCUACUAUCAUAUGGGAGUAGCUUUCCAAAAAUUAAAUUGUCACCGUGAUGCUUAUGAAGAGUUUACAUACGCAAUGGAAGAAACAAACACCCCCAAAACAGCUUGUAAAGUUGGCUGUGUUACCAGCUCUUUCUAUCACACACCUGUGUUUGCAAGGAGAGCAUAUGCAUAUGUGAAAUGUGACAAGAUUAAAGAAGCAAUUAAUGAUGCUACAAGAGCUGUGUGUUCCGACCCUUCAAAUUCUGAUGUGUACUGUAUCAGGGCUCUUGUGUGGAGCUCAGCAAAAGAAAAAAACAGAGCCCUUCAUGAUUUGAACUUUAGUUUCAGACUAAAUUCAUCUCAUGUUUGCACUUUGAUAUUAAGGGGAGCUAUUUUAAAAUCUCUUGGGGGAGUGCCUUCUCUGGAGCCAAACAAAGAUCAAGAAAAGGCCCUUGAUCUGUGCCCGGAAAGUGCAAGUUUCUUUGAUGUGGAAGAUUUUCAUAGUCCUAAAAUGCCUUAUUUCUAUGAUAAAUUCCUGAGGUCCCUGAAUGCUUUUCACACCAUAACAGAAAUCAACCUCUUUGCUGGAGCAACAUUUGCGGCCACUUUGGACAUAAACAAAGGACCAAGAAUAUCAACUCCAUUGAGACCAUUUAGGCAUGGCUCUGCAGAAGAUUCUGACAACUUUGCGUUAUUAAGGAGAAAAGCAUACAUACAAGCAUGCAUGGAAUCAGGCCUAAUUAUUCAUGGCUCGAGGCAAGGAUCCGCUUAA